GGAUAUUAGCCUCCCUCCCUCCCUCCCUCCUCCUCCUCCUUCUCCCCACAAAUACCCCCCCCUUUCCUCUUUCUUGCCGUUUUUCACUCAGCAGAAAUGUCUAAGGCUCAGUUUCUGAGGGAGUACAAGCUGGUGGUCGUCGGCGGCGGUGGUGUCGGCAAGUCGGCGUUGACUAUCCAGUUCAUCCAAAGUCAUUUCGUCGACGAGUACGACCCUACCAUCGAGGAUUCGUAUCGGAAGCAGUGCGUCAUCGACGACGAAGUCGCGUUGUUGGACGUCUUGGAUACGGCUGGCCAAGAAGAAUAUGGUGCCAUGCGUGAGCAGUACAUGCGUACGGGCGAAGGUUUCCUUCUUGUCUACUCGAUUACGUCGCGGAACUCUUUCGAGGAAAUCAGCACGUUCCACCAGCAGAUCCUCCGGGUGAAGGACAAGGACUCCUUCCCGGUCAUCGUCGUUGCGAACAAAUGCGAUCUCGAGUACGAGCGUCAGGUUGGCAUGAACGAGGGUCGUGAUCUCGCGAAGCACUUUAACUGCCGGUUCAUCGAGACGUCCGCCAAGCAGCGCAUCAAUGUCGACGAGGCGUUCUCGAAUCUCGUCCGCGAGAUCCGGAGGUACAACAAGGAGCAGCAAACCGGACGUCCCAUGCAACCGAAUGGACCUGGUGCUCCCGGUGUUUACAACCACCCCGACGGCAUGGACCAAGGCUCUGCGGGCUGCUGCUCGGGCUGCGUGGUCGCGUGAGCGUUCCGUGCCCCCGCACACAUUUGGCAUUGCUAUCCUUUACCGCCACUUACCUAUCUUCUCUCACCCCUUUUAUUGCGGCCUCACAUGCCAUCCCUGUUCAUCGUCUCUCCUUCCCUUAUGUUUGUCCCGUCUGCUGCUCUCCGCACGUUCAUGUACGUUCCUCGUUGGUUCCCUUAUUCUUUCUUGGAUUUUCCCUUUCUUUCCUCCGUUUGUCACGUUCGGUAUCGGUCCCUCGGCCCUGCUCUGUACGUCCUCCUACAUACACGGUUUCGUUCGCCACAUCAGUAACCCACGCAUGCCUCAUGGUCCCUCCACAUUCGCAUCCCUGUUCCCUAUAUCUCCUACCUACCUAGGAUUUAUCGUAAGCCUUGCCGUUGGACACCCUCGCUC